UUAAUCAAAUUAAAAAAAAAAAAGCCCUCGUAGUCUUCUUCUAGUAUUCUCUCAGCCUCUCAGGUUUUCCUCCUUUCACUUUUACACUCUUCUAAUUCCACUAUAUUUUCCCCUCUCAGUUUCUCAGUAACCAAACAGAGCACAAAAUACCAGGAAACCGCAAUAAAAAUGACUGACGCUUCCGAGGAAGCCAAGCAAAUCGAGAAGCUCUACGAAUUUGGCGAACGCCUCAACGAGGCUAAGGAUAAGUCUCAGAAUGUGAAAGACUACGAAGGAAUCAUCGAUGCCACGAAAACAAGCAUAAAGGCGAAGCAAUUGGCUGCGCAGCUAAUUCCUCGCUUCUUCAAGUUCUUCCCUAACCUCUCCAGCCGUGCUCUUAAUGCUCAUUUCGAUUUGAUUGAAGAAGAAGAUUUGGCGGUUCGGGUGCAAGCAAUUCGGGGGCUUCCUCUAUUUUGCAAGGACACAAAGGAGUAUAUUUCUAAAAUAGUUGACAUUUUAGGGCAACUCCUUACUGCCGAGGAGAUUGUGGAGCGUGAUGCUGUUCAUAAAGCCCUAAUGUCUGUACUGAGGCAGGACGUGAAAGAGUCUUUGACAGCACUAUUCAAGCAUAUUUGGAAUGUUGAGGAUCCGAGUCAAGAUGACACUAUCCGUGACAAGGUUUUGUGCUUUAUACGAGAUAAGGUUUUUCCUCUUAAAGCUGAACUCUUAAGACCUCAGGAGGAAAUGGAAAGGCAUAUAACUGAUUUAAUUAAAAAGAGUUUAGGGGAUGUAACUGGAGCUGAAUUCAGAAUGUUUAUGGACUUCUUAAAAAGUUUGAGCAUAUUUGGGGAGAAAGCUCCUCCUGAGCGCUUGAAGGAACUUAUUGGAAUAAUUGAAGGGCAGGCUGAUUUAGAUGCACAAUUUGAUGUUUCGGAUGCAGAUCAUAUAGAUAGGUUGAUAUCUUGUCUGUUCAUGGCUAUUCCAUUUUUCGUGAGGGGUGCAUCUGGCAGCAAGUUCCUCAACUACAUAAACAAGCACAUUAUACCUGUUUUUGAUAAGCUUCCAGAGGAGCGAAAGCUAGAUUUGCUCAAAGGUUUGGCAGAAAUUUCUCCUUACACAACGCCACAGGAUUCACGCCAGAUUCUUCCUUCUGUUGUUCAGCUUUUAAAGAAGUACAUGCCUCGAAGGAAGACUGGUGAAGAAACGAACUUUACCUAUGUUGAAUGCUUGUUGUUUUCAUUCCACCAUUUAGCUCACAAGGCUCCCAAUGCCACAAAUAGUCUAUGUGGUUACAAGAUUGUGACUGGUCAACCAUCAGAUAGGCUUGGGGAGGACUUCUCAGAGUAUUAUAAGGAGUUCACUGAGAGAUUGAGUAGUAUUGAAGACCUAACUAGGGCCACAAUGAAGAAAUUGACUCAGGGAAUGGCUGAGCACAAUAAAGCAAUGGCAGCUGCUAAAUCUGAUGAAGCAAAGGAGAGCAUUAAAACUCAAAAGCAGAAUACCACAACUGGAUUGCGUACUUGCAAUAACAUUUUAGCUAUGACAAAGCCCUUGCAUUCAAAAACACCUGCAUUUAUUGGGGAUAAGAGUGUCAACCUUUCUUGGAAAGAAGCUGUAAAACCUUCUGUACCCUCCAGUGCAACUGGAACUGGGGUAAAGCGACCUUCUACUGCAGCUAAUGGAUCUAAUAACUUUGCGACAAAGAAGGGCCGUGGAGCUGGUGGCAUGCAAAAUCAGCUUGUGAACAGAGCAUUGGAAGGCAUAUCUUAUGGUGGGAGGGGUGGUGGAAGAGGUAGGGGUCGAGGUUGGGGGGGACGUGGAAGAGGAAGAGGCUACCGGUAAUUCGAGGACAAAACAUAGUACAACAACGAUCUAUAAAUUUGGAGAAUAUGUUUGUACCUGAAGAACACGAGAAGUCAUUGAUGUGUUAGACCAAGUCUCUUUUCAGGACAAGUUUUGUUUGAUACCAGAUGCUGAUGAGUUUCUAGAUUCACUAUGGACUAACAACAGGCAUUGUAGUCCUCUGGAGAUUGUUUUAAAGUUGAUUGGAUAACAUCUUGGAUUUGAGUUCCCAAUCCUGUCGAAUUUUAGUGUAUUUGAAGAAACAUUGCAUGUUUUUUAGAGUGUGGAGAUGGCUGUAUCUUUCAUGACAGUGAAGUUAAAUAGUGACUGUUUAUCAAGGAUGAUUAUUCAGACCUGAUUAUGUAGAAUCCGACCUCGUUUGUUAAUUUAAUGUUGAACUUAAAUAAGCAUUA